AUGUCGAAGAGAAGCAUUGACUUAGAGGAGGAGCAAAGGGUUGUUUCGGCUAAAGUCGGCAACAGUGAUCUGCCCAAUGCAGGAACUAUUGAUAAAGAGCCCGAUGUUGCCAUGGGAGAAUUUGAGGAUCAGUAUAGUGAUGAGUUUGAAAGUGAUGGUGAAAUAAUUGAGGUUGAUGACGAGGAGGAUAAGGAUGAAGAGCAAGAUGACGAUCAAGAGUUCGUUGAGAGGAAACAACAAAAAGCCCAGGAAUUAGUCGAGAAGGAUAAAAAUGAGGAGGAGAACAAGCAGGAAAUAUAUUUACCACACAUGUCACGCCCGCUGGGGCCUGAUGAAGUUUUAGAAGCGGACCCUACUGUCUACGAGAUGUUGCACAACGUGAAUAUGCCAUGGCCGUGUCUAACUUUGGAUAUCAUUCCCGAUGGUUUAGGGACUGAACGUCGGAACUACCCACAGUCCAUCUUGAUGGCCACUGCUACUCAGGCUUCCAAAAAGAAGGAAAACGAACUAAUGGUGCUGAAACUCUCCCAGUUGAAUAAGACUCUUGUGAAGGAUGAUGCCGACGAGGAAGAAGAUGACGAAGAUGACGAGGAUAAUGACAGUGAUCCGAUCAUCGAGAAUGAGGAAAUUUCAUUGAGAGAUACCACAAACAGGCUAAAAAUUUCGCCAUUCGCUUCUAGCCAGGAAGUUUUAACUGCUACCAUGAGCGAAAAUGGUGAGGUUUACAUCCAUGACCUGGGUCCACAAACGAAGGCAUUCGAAACACCUGGUUAUCAAAUUCCCAAAUCAGCUAAGAAGCCCCUUCACACGAUUAGAAACCAUGGCAAUGUUGAGGGUUACGGGCUAGAUUGGUCGCCUUUGAUCAAAACCGGUGCUCUCCUAACGGGUGACUGUUCAGGUCAAGUUUACUUAACUCAACGUCAUACUUCAAAGUGGGUAACUGAUAAGCAGCCAUUCACUUUUUCGAAUAACAAAUCUAUUGAAGACAUACAAUGGUCACGUACGGAAUCUACGGUCUUUGCUACUAGUGGAUGCGACGGGUACAUCAGGAUUUGGGACACGAGAUCAAAAAAGCACAAGCCUGCUAUUUCCACAAGAGCAUCCGCGACUGACGUGAACGUCAUCAGUUGGAACGAAAAAAUUGGCUACUUACUAGCUAGUGGUGAUGAUGAUGGUAGAUGGGGUGUCUGGGAUCUAAGGCAGCUGUCACCAAAUAACUCAGAGAAUGUCCAACCAGUUGCCCAAUAUGAUUUCCACAAGGGCGCCAUCACAUCUAUAAGUUUCAACCCAUUAGACGAAUCUAUCAUCGCUGUCGCCUCUGAAGACAAUACAGUAACACUCUGGGAUCUUUCUGUGGAAGCUGACGAUGAGGAAAUCAAACAGCAAGCAGCUGAGACGAAGGAGCUUCAACAAAUCCCACCUCAACUACUAUUUGUUCAUUGGCAAAAGGAAGUAAAGGACGUCAAAUGGCAUAGGCAAAUCCCCGGUUGUCUUGUCAGUACUGGUACAGACGGUCUUAAUGUCUGGAAGACAAUCAGUGUUUAG